CCCAGUUUAGCUCUGGGGCCAAAGUCCUGGAUGGGCUCUCAUGGCACUCGGGCUGAUUCUCCUCUGUACCCUGGCAGCAUCACUGCUCGGGGGGCUCUACCUCCUGGGUGUCUUUCGGAGACAGAGACCCCAUGAACCUCCUCUGGACAAAGGUUUCAUUCCCUGGCUGGGUUAUGCACUGGAUUUCAGAAGAGACAGCUCAAAGUUUCUAAAAAGGAUGCAGAGAAAGCACGGGGAUAUUUUCACGGUGCUGCUGGGGGGUUAUUACUUCACGUUUGUGCUGGAUCCCUUCUGCUUUGGAGCCAUCGUGAAGGAAGCACGAUCUAGACUUGACUUUAAGACUUUUGCAGCUAAACUGGUGCUGCAAGUUUUUGGCUACAAAGCCACAGAAGGCAGCCAGAAUGUAAUCCAUGCAGCCAGCACAAAACAUCUGAUGGGGGACGGGCUCGUGGCCAUGACCCAAUCCACCAUGGAGAACUUUCAGAAGCUGAUGCACUUCAACUUGGGCUCGGGAGAGGAGAAAAGAGUGUGGCAGGAGGAUAGCCUCUUCCACUUCUGCUACAACAUUGUCUUCAGGGCUGGGUACCUGGCUCUCUAUGGCACUGAGCCUCACCAAGGGGCAAGCAGCAAGGAGAAAGCUAACGAGCAAGAUCUCAUCCACUCCAACCAACUCUUCCAGGAAUUUCGGAAGUAUGAUCACCUCUUCCCUCGCCUGGCCUAUGCUGUGUUGCCUCCCAAGGACAAAUUAGAAGCUGAAAGGCUGAAGAGGCUCUUCUGGAGCAUGCUGUCUGUGAAGAAGGGCAGGCAGAAGGAUAAUAUCAGUGGGUGGAUAAGAGAGCAGGAGCAGCUCCUGGCAGAGAAAGGAGUUCCCGAGUACAUGCGGGAUCGGUUCAUGUUUAUGCUGCUCUGGGCAUCCCAAGGUAACACAGGUCCUACUGCCUUCUGGGUCCUCCUGUACCUGAUGAAACAUCCAGAAGCUAUGAAAGCUGUGAAGGAAGAGGUAGAUAAAGUGUCAAGAGAGAACGGACAGGAGAUGAAACCAGGAAGCCCACCAAUUAACAUCACCAGGGACAUGUUAAACCAGACUCCUAUUCUGGACAGUGCUCUGGAAGAGACCCUAAGGUUGGUUGCAGCCCCAGUGCUGGUCAGAGCUGUCCUCCAGGAUGUCAGCCUUAAGAUGAGCAGUGGGACAGAGUACACCCUCCGUAGAGGUGACAGAGUGGCUCUGUUCCCACACAUGUCUGUGCAGAUGAAUCCAGAAAUUCACCCCGAGCCUCACGAAUUUAAGUACGACCGCUUCAUCAACCCGGAUGGCACCAAGAAAGAUUUCUACAAAAAUGGCAAAAGGCUGAAAUACUUCAACAUGCCUUGGGGGGCAGGGGUUUCCAUCUGUCCUGGGCGGUUCUUUGCUGCUGCUGAAAUUAAAAUGUUUGUCUUCUUAAUGCUGAGCCACUAUGACCUGGAACUGGUCAACAGAGAAGAGGAGAUCCCAGAAAUAGACAGCAGCCGCUGGGGAUUUGGGACCAUGCAGCCCAUCCGUGAUGUCCGGUUCAGAUUCCGGAUGAGAUUUUAAUUUGGGAAGUGCCUUUGGCAUUGCUGUGUUCUGGUUUUAUCUGCCAACUAAGUUGCAGGACCCCAUGGUUAUCAGAUCCAGGCAGAGCCAACACUCUUGUGUAGGAUCUUGUUUGCUGAACAUUUGUGCUGGGUUUGCUCUGAACUCCUCCACAUGUGUCACUGCUCUACAUCUCUGGUUUGGGACAGGGUAGAAUUAAUUUUCUGUCUUGUAAUUUUGCUUUCAGCUCAGUCUCUUGUAAGGAGCUGCACUUGCU